CUUUGUAGAUCAUGGCAAAUUGAGGUAUACUAAACGUCUAAAGCAAGGUGACUUCUCAAUCCCAGUGCUGGUAGUAGUACUACAGGGGAACGAGGUACAUACUCACUUCAAAACUUCGAUCGACGAUUGAUGGGAUCAAAGUGAUCGAACGUAAGUAACACCUCACGCCUCUGCGAGGCGCAGUUUACCACAAACUGUCCUCGUCUUGUUUGCUCAUCAAACAAAGAGUGAACAAUUAGUAGGAUACCCAGAAUGACCUCGAAAGAAGGUCUCCCUCCCACCAUCUUUACCGAGACAUCUGCUUAUUCACUAGCAUUCGUUGCUGUCGUCGGUGCCGUUGCAUGGAUCUCGUCUAAGACACUCCUGCCCAAGACUGCACGUCGACAGGAUAAAAUUGCCUGGAUAUGGCUUGCCUUCGAUGCGAUGAUUCAUUUCACAUUCGAAGGCUCCUUCCUCUACCUUUCCACCUUUGGUAGGCAAGUGGUCAUCAGUUCCGGACCAUUCGCAGAACUCUGGAAGGAAUAUGCCCGUGCUGACGCGCGAUGGGGCGUAUCUGAUCCCACGGUUGUUUCUCUCGAGAUCUUGACCGUAUUGGGCGUCGGUCCUCUUUGCUGCCUCGUAUUGUAUCAGUUAGCCAAGGAUGACCCUGCAAGGCACUACUGGAUUGUCGUUCUUUCUACGGCCGAGCUUUACGGAGGCUUCAUGACUUUCGGUCCCGAAUGGCUCACCGGCAGUGCAGCCCUCAACACAUCCAACUUCUUGUACCUCUGGGUCUACCUCUUCUUCAUGAACAUCCUCUGGGUCUUCAUCCCUCUCUGGCUGAUGUACGAUUCUUAUGGAUACAUCGCGAAGUCGCUCCGCUUCUAUCAGGCGAGCGCCAGGGUGAAGAAGAAAUGAUACAUAUUAUAGUGACUCUGGAUACCCGCCGUCUGCAUACCCUCAUUUUGAACGAUAUAUCAACCAAAUCUUUGUCCUGUUACAUCUUUUGGUUAUCUAUCCAUGCUCGAUCUUCUCUGUGCUAGUAAUUUUACACGGCUCUGUAGGAACGUAGCUAUCGUACAAUGUACAGAUUUCUCAUGAAACUGCUGCAGCCAGUCGUAAGUGCUCGAAUGGAUGUCCAUACUUCUCCAGCAUGCUCCGUCUUGUUACCUC